UGUGAAUCAGCCUCACCCGCGUCUCUGCUCUCAGUCUGUGAGCAGCGGCUCAGCGACUCGUCCUCCCAGCGCCGCACCGAGCACCUUCAACCCUGCAGACUGACGUGGAAGAAAUGUCUGUCCAGACUGCAGUCAGUGUGCUACUUGCUGCCCUUGUUCUUAUUCCAGGUGUCCUGAGUCAGAACUGGGGGGUGUGGUACAACCCUGGGAGUAUCUGUGCACUGCAGGGGUCGACGGUGGUCAUGGGGUGCACCUACAGUUACCCCAGAGAUAACACUGUGACACAAACAUUCUGGUUUAUAGAGAAACCAGUGUACCCAACUGAACCCACAGACCUGUCUGCUGUGCCUCAGUAUGUGAACCGUACAGAAUACCUGGGGAAUAAGGUGAACAACUGCACCCUCAGACUGAGGAACCUGACAACAAGUGACAGCACAACUUACUGGUUUAAGUUUAUAACAAACACAGCUGGGGGUAAAUGGACAGGACAACCAGGAGUGUCACUCUCAGUCACAGGUCUGCAGGCACAGGUGAACUCCAGCACAGUAACAGAGGGGCAGGCUGUGAACCUGACCUGUAAGACCAGCUGCACUCUGAGUGACCCCACUUUCACCUGGUACAGGAACGGUCUCCUCCUCCCUGCACAGACCCCCUCCAGCCCCCUGACCUUUAACCCUGUCAGCUACGAGCAUGAUGGGAGCUACUCCUGCACUGCAAGAGGCUACGACAACCUGCCCUCCCCUGCGGUCACGCUCAGUGUCAGAUGUGAGUAUGAUCCUGGUGGUUUAUUGGAUCAGGAGUGUUGGGACAGCAGCUCUCUCUGGAGUCAGUCCUCAAGGGCAGCAGUCCAGCAGUUUCUCAGAGCUCUCCUCAGACCAUCACCUGGACUAAAAGAGUCUAGAGCACUGGGACUGGGCUGUGUCAGUGUGCUGGAGUUCAUGCACUGGCUGCACAAAUUCCAAUAUCUGCUGUAUGCCACCAAAAGCACCUCAGUGUCCAUCAGCCCCUCUGGUGCAAUAGCAGAAGGCAGUUCUGUCACCCUGACCUGCAGCAGCACUGCAAACCCUCGGGUGAAGAACUACACCUGGUUUAAGACCAGUGGUGCUGGAGUCUGGAAGAUGGAAUCAGGGCAGAGUUUAACUAUUGCAGAGGUCAGCUCUGCAGACAGUGGACAGUACUACUGUGAAGCACAGAAUAACAUGGGAGCUUGCAGAUCUGCUGCUGUGACUCUUGUAGUGUCCAGAGGCUGCACUCUAUUAACAGCACUGGUGGCGGCUGUGGGAUCUGUUGUUGUGCUGCUGCUGGCCGUCCUAAUAAUCCUAUUGAUCAGAAGGAGGGUGACUGCCCCGCCCACACAGGACAGCAGCACUGGAGGAGCCCAGACUGAGAGCCCACAGGACAGCGACAACUACACUGCUCUCCAGAGUCCAGCUCAGUCCCCAGUAUAUGAGAAUAUCAGGACAUCAGAGAAGGGAAGAGGGAACUGACACAGCUGGGGAUGAGACGUAGUGUUGAAAGUGUCGUGUUCAGCAUACAGUGUGUGAUACCAUUGUUCAACAGCGUUUCUGGGGAAAAAGAAGCUUCCUUCCUUUUAUUUCACAGUUCUGUUAUUCUGCCACCCCUGCAGCCCCACUGACGGGUCCUCCAUGCCUGGACAGCCCCACCCAAACAGCACCGGGAUAACAUGCAAGUGCCACACAGAAAGUAGCCCCAGCUGGUAAUGGAGCGCAGGACGUGGCGCAUCAUGGGUGUUGUGGCCACACAUUCACAGGCCUCCCCUUGCUCCAUGACGACACCCAAAACUGAUCAGACAAAUAGGAGUGUUUCCUGACAUCAUGUCACGACAGAAAGUCGUGCACAUCUCCUGCUGUAUCGGGCUCUCCCUGUGUGUGUGACGCCUUGUCCUGCUGGUCUUUUUCCCCAGCUGAGCUGUUAGCAGACCUUUCCCCAGAAACACAGAGGUUGUAUUGUUGUGUUGUGUGUUUGUCCUCUCCCCGGCGGCUGGCUCUCUGGUUGAAUUUAGCCUGUUUUUCUUUUUUUUAUUGGCUCAGGGGGGCGGGGGGUGGGCAGUAACCAUGGUUCCCAAAGCCACAUUCCCGAGCACACAGCACAUCUGGGAUCUGACUGUUUGCGGGACUUGAAUUCAAAGGCCACCUCCCCUCUCUCCACUCACACCUCCCUGUCCGGCUUUCCCCCGGAUCAGCUGACCCCCUGCAGCGUUGCUAUGGGUCAGUCGCCCUGGUGGCCUUGAAAUCCUUCGCGUUGCUCCUGGCAAUGCCCUGCUUUCGAUUUCCCACAGAGAGGCCCUCCUCUGCUGCCAAGAGCGCUCCGCUUCACUCUGUUUUUCUGUUUCAGCUUCCCCUUCCCUCUCUCCAGCUCCAGCACUCCCAUAGUCUGCCAGCUCUCCAACUGGCUGUUUGGAGCCCUAAAUCACUCAUGGGGGGUGUUCGCUUGUACAGGGCAAGGUGGUGAUUGUGGGCCAGCCACUGCUCUGCUUUAGUGUGCUGGAUGGGGGGCUCUUGGGGAGGGGUGGUGUUACAAAUUAAAGGACUCAUAUCAUUUUGUUCUUUAUUCUCACUUCCUGAGGGUCCACGUAAAUUGCUUCUCCUCCACUCUCUUCUGCUCUUUUGGUGGUUAUUCUCCUUUCCCUUUAAAAACUCAGAACAGUAACUCCUGAAGAGGAAGAACUUCUCGCAAGCUCCGUCGCAGGAAGCGUCCGGGGGAAGGAAAUGACUGCUGCACCUAUGUACUGGAGAAAGCCCAUGGCGUCACGCCACAAAACUUCCCCAUAUUGUUUCAGUGCUGGGCUGUGAAAAGGUCUUUUCAGAAUCUGGUGCUGCUGGCGUGAGGAAAGAAUGUUUCUCCUCAAACAGUUCCAAGCAGAAAUAAUGAAAUCAGAAAUGCAUGGAGAUAUAAAUACAGAGGAGGAAACUGCAAAAUAGAUUAAUAUCACUUGAAUCAGCUCAUUACUGGCUUAAUUGAAACAAGUCAACAAACACAUCCAAUAACCAGCAGGAGUUUUCAAAUUUGAGGUCAGGCUACAAGUGUAACAAAGAUCCCAGAGUUCAGCUGAUUGAGUGGAGCAAAACUCAAUAUUGAUGCAAAUGUAUCCCCAAAGUAUAAGGAAGGGGUCAACUAUCCUGCUCCUGGAUGUGUCAGUGUGUCUGCAGCCAAUUCUGGUCCUGGAAGUUC